GUUUAUAAGACAUACAACUUGGUUAUUCGCCGUAAUGUGUAAAUUUGCAAUUGGUUUCACGACCGAUAUUUAGCGGAAUUUAGCAACACCAAACGAAUCUGUUUACUCACGUUAUUAUUCUUAUUAUCGACGUUAUAUUUAUAUUAUUCAUUGUACAUACGUGUGUCGUAAACGUGGUCGCAAGGUCCGAAGUUUGUUUACGGUCACAGGGAUGCACUGGAUCGUUCUUGGGAAAGAAAAUGCCUGCAGAAAAGUACGAUAAGCUUGAGCCUGAGCUAAAGGAAGAACUGAGGACCAUCGCUCAGCAGAUUGUGGCGCCUGGAAAGGGAAUCCUUGCUGCAGACGAGUCGACGACAACGAUCGGCAAACGUCUUAAGGAUAUCAACGUUGAAAAUAACGAAGAAAAUCGUAAAGCGUACAGACAACUCCUCUUCACCACAGCAAAGGAUGUCAUCAGUCAACAUAUCUCCGGCGUUAUCCUGUUCCACGAGACUCUGUACCAGAAGGCUGACAACGGUACACCAUUCGUUGAUCUUCUGAAGGAACGCAACAUUCUGCCGGGCAUCAAAGUCGACAAGGGUGUUGUGCCCCUCUUCGGUACCAACGAUGAGUGCACAACUCAAGGUCUCGAUGACCUUCAGGCUCGUUGCAUCCAGUACAAGAAGGACGGCUGCCACUUCGCCAAGUGGAGAUGCGUGUUGAAGAUCAAGAAAGACACGCCAAGCAAGCUGGCCAUUCUGGAGAACGCCAACGUUCUGGCUCGUUACGCUUCCAUCUGUCAGAGCGCCAGAAUUGUACCUAUUGUCGAGCCUGAAAUCCUGCCUGACGGUGAUCACGAUCUUGCCAGAUGCCAACAAGUCACGGAGGAAGUUCUCUCCGCUGUCUACAAGGCACUUGCUGACCAUCAUGUCUAUCUUGAGGGAACCCUCCUGAAGCCGAACAUGGUAACACCUGGUCAAAGUUGUCCAACUAAAGCAACUCCUCAGGAGAUUGCUGGUGCUACAGUGACCGCUCUAUUGCGUACUGUACCACCUGCAGUCCCUGGUAUCACUUUCCUCAGUGGUGGACAGUCCGAAGAGGAGGCGUCUGUGAACUUAGACGCUAUCAACAAGUAUCCACUCCCAAAACCUUGGGCUUUGACCUUCAGCUAUGGUCGUGCACUUCAGGCCUCCGUUCUCCGCGCAUGGGCAGGUAAAAAGGAACAGGUUGUCGCUGGCCAGGACGAACUUAUCAAGAGAGCCAAGGCCAACAGCGAAUCGGCACUAGGAAAAUAUGGCGGUGGUGUGACAGGAGCAGCUGGUAACACUGCGCUUUUCGUCGCAAACCACGCGUACUAAAAAUAAUCCGUAGAACAUCAAUAAGGAUUUGUAUUAGACUUUAGAUCGUUUGCCGAACAAUUAUCAACAUCGAUUCCUACUAUCGGCGUGAAACAUUACCACUUACACCAAGAAGAUUGAGAACGAGCAAAGAUAAUUUAAUAUUACUUGAAAAACAAAACAUAAAAUCUUCGAGUCCUUUUUAUGUUUCACGUGGUACAUAAAUACAUGGAAUGGAAUCAAUCGAAUUUUAACUUGCUGCAUUAAUUCGAAUUUUUUAAUGAUUUCAAAUAAUAUGAAUUUUAACGUCUCCCAAGAUUAAAUGUACAGAGUUUUGGCACGAUAUAAAGUCGUAUACUCAGGAUCAUGGUACAUCGAUAGACGGCGUUGUUGACCUAAUUAAUCCUCGUCGCUGUUUAGGGUUUAAAGAUGGAGUUGGGUUAUGAACGAUUUUCUUUCUGCUUCAACACUUUCUGUUGUGUCCUUAUAUGCUACUCCUCAACUUGUUUUUCCCUUCAUCCUCGGUGCUAAAUUUUUUUUCCCUAGAAUUAUGGAACGCGGCAUAGAAUGCGUAACUUAUAUGUUUCAUCAUAGCGUCGUUUGUUCCAAGCUUGUUCUAAGAUGAAAGAAAGACAUCACGCGACGAAUCUCAGAAAAUCUACGUAAUUUCUGGAAGAAUGGUGGUCAGCACGCUGUGUACUCGAGCUUAUCGGGCGAAAUUGAUCGAACAUUUUAUUUUGAUCGUGAGCAAUUUUCACGACAUUCGAACUACGCACGCGUUAUUAUAUUCUGUAACACCAUGAUAAAAUGCAGAUAUAUAUUAUAUAUAUGGUCAAUGUCGUUAUGGUAUUCUACGUGUAUAAAAAAAAAUAAGAAAAAUGAAAAAACAAAGUAAAACCAUAUUACAUGUUGUUUGUUAGUGAAUGAGUCGAAUAUUAUAAAGUGGUAAUAUUAUGUCAUCUACUUACACAAUAUGUGUAUCUUACAUAGAUAUUUAAGUAACGUAUUGAAAAGUAUCUCGUACAUCGAUGUUAUAUCUAAUAUUUUCAAUGCAAUCUAGGUCCCAAAUACACUGUGGAGGGUAUUCAA